AUGUAUUUUCUUCUUACAUCUCUGAAUGUUGCCUAUGUGAUAAGUACUCCAAGGCCAAAUGAACAUGAGAAUGAAACCUUGGAAUCCGUUCGGGAGAGGUCGAAAUGGGACAACGAUGAUUUCAUAUGUCGUGGUCACAUCUUGAAUGGGAUGGAGGAUGAUCUUUUUGAUGUCUACCAAAAUAUUGAAUCUGCUAAGGAGCUUUGGGAGUCCUUGGAGAGCAAGUAUAUGGCGGAAGACGCUUCAAGUAAGAAAUUUUUAGUUAGCAAUUUCAAUAACUUUAAAUUUGUUGAUGGUCGGUCUAUAAUGGACCAAUUUCAUGAAUUGCAACGUAUUUAUGGUAGUUUGGAACAACAUGGAAUAGCUAUGAAUGAAUUGUUUGUUGUUUCUAGCAUUAUUGAUAAAUUACCCCCUAGUUGGAAGAAUGUUAAGCAUGAUUUGAAACAUAAGAAAGAGGAUAUGACAUUGUCCGGUUUGGCCACCCAUCUUCAAAUUGAAGAAGGGAUUCGUGUCAUGGAAGGUGCUAAGGAGGGAAAUCCUAGCACAUCUACCGUUAAUAUGGAUGAUAACUCAUGGUGGAUUGAUUCGGGGGCUUCAAGGCACGUGUGCAAGAGUAAACAUUGGUUCAAAACCUUUCAAAAGGUUGUUGAUGGAGAAGACCUCUACAUGGGGAACAACUCUACCAUCAAGGUUAUUGGAAGAGGACAAUUUGAGCUUGUGUUUAGUUCUGGGACUGCAAUUAUUCUUAGAAAUAUUUUGUAUGCUCCGAAAAUUAGUAGGAAUCUUGUAUUUGGGCCUACCCUGAAUAGUCUUGGCUAUAAGAUUGUAUUUGAAGCUAAUAGAUGCAUAAUUACUAGGGGUGUAACAUUUAUAGGUUGUUGUUAUUUGGAUAAUGGUUUGUUUAAACCCUCUUUGAAAGAGAGUGGUGUAUUAGACUAUAUGUGUUUGAAUGUUGUUGACAAUGAUAAUCAAGUUGAUUUGAAUUUGUUUGAUUUAUGGCAUUAA